AUGUCACCUCCCACUCAGAUACACGACAACCUCGAUCUCCACCGCACCAUCCCUAGCCCUCAUCACAACCCAUUGCUCCUUCACUCUAGUCUAACCUUCACCGGAACUACCCCACCUCCUUUGCCACCCAAACUGCCCACCGUGUGGCCAACCACCACUGGCUUGAGUUGCACCCCACCAAUCGAUCGCCACUAUCCCCACCUAAGAACCCCAUCUCGCCGUUACCGACCUUCACCGCGGACAAGAUCCCCUCAUCGCGGGUCAUCACGACCACUAAGUGUGAGCCAUCAUGAUUUGCGUCUUCAGCUUGCUAUAGCUAGCCACAGCGCCAACCACCGCGUGCCUCUGAACUGCCAUCUGCGAGUCACCUAG